UUAUCCUUCUUGUUGGACGCCUGUUGGUUCAUUCACUCAGGACUGGUGCGUGGAACAGGUGAAAUGUUUGGUCAUUUCAUUCAUGCGUGAUGCCGGGAAAUCCUGCGAACCCGCCUUUUUUCCUUUUUCCCCCUCGUGAUCCCUCUGCCACGCAUGCAGGGAAUAACGCUCCUUCUCCGCCGUGACACUUCAGCCGUGCGCGCGUCAGGGGCGUGACGGCCGCGGACAUUCUCUGUUUCCCUCCUUCUUUCUCUCUUGCUGCAGAGAUUCCUGCGCGCACGCGUUUGUCAUCAGCUUGACUUCAAACUCACGAGGAAAAUGAAGAGAAAAAACUGAAAAACACGAUUUUGAAGGCAAUAUUUGAACCCAGGUUGCUUCUUUUAGUUGCUUUUUGGCAUUUUUUGGGGGGAACAGAUUUCAUUGACCGUUUUUAAAAGGAGGAAUAUGGAUGAGCAAGCCAAAGGAAGUGGCUAAGGAUUUUCCAAAGGUUUGGAUGGUCUGUGCAGGGACUGCUUACAACGACACCAAAAGAGGCAACAGGCAUGAUUUCAAUGUAGCACCAAGAAGACAAAUCCUUCUCUGCGCGCGCCUUUUUACUCCAUAAUAUUUCUUUUUUAAGUGACAGGCAGGAUUACAAAAAUGGCUCAUUUAAUAAGACACAAGCUCACCAACAAACUGACCAACGCGGCCCACACGGUGUCCAACAAAUCUCAAGCCAAGGUCAGCGGGGUGUUUGCCCGAUUGGGGUUCCAGGCGGCCACGGACGAGGAGGGUCUUGGUUUCGCGGAGUGCGACGAUCUGGAUUAUGACUACAGGCAAGGGAUGCAAAUGGAUGUCCUCCAGGGAGAAGAGGAAGGAGGAGGCAUGGACGGAGAGGGGGAGCUGGAGGGGGACAGCCACUAUCAGAGAGAUGGCACCGGCCCAAGGUCCUCCGCCCUGAAAUCCGGCGGGUCUUUGGACGAGGAAAAGCCAAAAAUAACGUCAUGGGAAGCUGGCUGGAACGUCACCAAUGCCAUUCAGGGCAUGUUCGUCCUCGGCCUGCCGUACGCCAUCCUCCACGGUGGUUACCUCGGCCUCUUCCUCAUUAUCUUUGCGGCCGUGGUGUGCUGCUACACCGGCAAAAUCCUCAUCGCGUGUCUGUACGAGGACAACGAGGACGGGCUGAAGGUGCGCGUCAGGGAUUCCUACGUGGACAUCGCCAACGCCUGCUGCGCACCCCGCUUCCCAGCCCUGGGGGGCCACGUGGUGAACGUGGCUCAAAUCAUCGAGCUCAUCAUGACGUGCAUUCUGUACGUCGUGGUGAGCGGGAACCUGAUGUACAACAGCUUCCCGAGCUUUCCUGUCUCCCAGAAGGCCUGGUCCGUGGUAGCCACAGCCGCGCUCCUGCCCUGCGCUUUUCUGAAGAACCUCAAGGCCGUGUCCAAGUUCAGCUUCCUCUGUACGGUGGCGCACUUCAUCAUCAACAUCCUCGUGAUCGCCUACUGUCUCUCCAGAGCACGUGAAUGGGCCUGGGAGAAGGUCAAGUUCUACAUCGAUGUGAAGAAAUUCCCCAUUUCCAUUGGCAUCAUCGUGUUCAGCUACACAUCCCAGAUCUUCCUGCCCUCCCUGGAGGGAAACAUGCAGAAGCCCAGUGAGUUUCACUGCAUGAUGGACUGGACUCACAUUACAGCCUGCGUCCUCAAGGGCCUCUUCGCCUUGGUGGCAUACUUGACAUGGGCAGAUGCCACCAAAGAGGUGAUCACAGAUAACCUGCCUUCAACCAUUCGUGCUGUGGUGAAUCUCUUCCUUGUGGCCAAGGCGCUGUUGUCCUACCCUCUGCCAUUCUUCGCCGCAGUUGAAGUUCUGGAAAAGUCCUUGUUCCAGGAUGGGGGGAGAGCCAUCUUUCCUGACUGCUACGGCCCCACCGGGCAGCUGAAAACCUGGGGUCUGGGCCUCCGCGUUGCCUUGGUUGUUUUUACCCUCCUGAUGGCUGUCUUUGUUCCCCAUUUUGCCCUCCUUAUGGGUUUGACAGGGAGCCUGACCGGCGCAGGCCUGUGCUUCCUCCUGCCAAGCCUCUUUCACCUGAAGCUUCAGUGGAGAAGCCUCCUUUGGCACCACGUCUUCUUUGAUGUUUCAAUUUUUGUCAUCGGGGGCAUUUGUGCAAUUUCUGGCUUCAUUCACUCUAUUGAAGGCCUCAUAGAGGCUUAUACGUACAAUAUCCAAGACUAAACGCUGGAACAAUCCGUGCCCCAAAUGGAAGUAGACCUUAAGGCUAUUGAUCACUUUACAUAAGAGUUCAUUCGGAGGAUUUGUUUGUGAAAUGUACCGGUACAUCUUUUAUUUUGCCUUCGUGAUAAUGUGCAAUAAUAAACUCAACAGUCUUAGUGUAGUUCGCUCAUUUGAAAAAAAGUGUGUUUUGUUAAGAAGAAUCUCUCCACAUGGAAGAAGGUGAUAGAAUAUUCAAUCAUUAAAAUCCAGAUGUCAGUGUUCAUGCAAAAAUCAGUGCCAGUGUGGAAUUUACUGUGAGUGUGUAUGUGUUUCUAUCUGGGGAAUGAAAUAUGUGAUAAACAGUGGAGUUAAUAUGCUAUUGUCGGUUUUUUUGGACUAUGAUAUCAUUAAUCCUUUGAAAGAAGACACCCUUCGGACCACAUGGUGCUCAGUGACCCAUAAAUAACCUCCGUGUUUGAACAGCACUGUUUUUCUUAUUCAUUAUUGUUUUCUGGUCUUCUUUUUCAUUCUUUGGCCUAUUAUAUUCCACGUUGGCUGGUUCAUUUUCUCGUGUUUUAAGUGUCACUCUGAAUGACGUGAAUCAAGUGCAAAUAAGUGGGUCCUAACUGUGUUAUCUGAAACCGUCUGAUAUUAUCUUCCUGCUGAAUUUGUUCAUUGUGAUUUAAUGGAACCAAGUAAGCUGUGUGAGACAAAAGAGUACUUGUUGAAUCAAGAGAUAAAUAAAAUCAGUAUUUUAUGGCU